GCUCGCAAGGGACGGCCGUCAGAGACGCUCGCCUUCGUACCGAAGGAGGAGGGUCAUAUCAGAGGGUUGGGCACCGCGAUCGUGCUCACGUUCCAGGCACAAUUUUUUUAGGAGGCGUUGCUCAAACAUGCCUUGCCAUGGCGAUGUUCGAAGAGAGGCGCAGCACCAAGAUUUUACUCGAUGAUACUCUACCGCUUUCGUGUGUGAUUGAAUCGUCCGAAAAUGUUCAAGGCCACACCUGCUACAAUGUACGAGUGCAGCGCGGGUUUCACCAGGAGACCACGUGGGUGGUGCAGAGACGGUAUAGUGACUUUGACGCCCUGCACAAUCAGCUGCAAGUUUCGGGCCAGGAGUUGCCCUUGCCGCCAAAAAAGCUGUUCAACAAGAUGAGCCGAGAAUUCAUUGCCGAGAGGCAGCAGAAGCUGCAGGAAUAUCUGGACCUGGUGCUUUCAGAGCCCAUACUGUCACAAUGUUUGGCGGUCAAGCGCUUCCUGGACCCAAAUAAUUACAGCCAGAACUUUUGUGAGGCAGCCCUCCAGCAUGUUUCCAUGUUGUUUCGGUCUGAGGAUCACUGGGAGGUGGUAGACCCACUCCCAGACAUUGGAUGGCGAUUUCGAAAGCAGUACUUCAUGGUCCGCCGCAAGGGUGACCUUAAAGACAAGCCCCGGCUGCUGAUGUGGGUUCCCCUGGGCCCCGACUUCUACCUCACUGUCAAGGACUUGCAAGUGGCUCUCAAGUUGCUCACUGCCAUACAGCACCCGAACGUGUUGCCUUUGUGUCUUGGCUGCGUCAACGAAAGUGGGGCAGCCUUGGUGCAGGAGUUUUGCCCUCAGGGAUCUCUCAGGGACGAGCUGUGUCAGGCCAAGCCCAGGGACAGUUACCUCAGGAAAUAUGGCACUGUUCGGCAACCCAAACCGAUCGCUCCAGCCACAGUGGCCCAUUUGGGAAGACAAGUGCUACAGGUUCUGUCGGGGCUGCACCAGCAUGGGUUCCACCAUGGGCACUUGCAUCUUGGCAACAUUGUCCUGCGAGGCGGCAACUGUGUGGUGACCGCGCUGCAGAACCAGCUACUUGGACUACCCAACCGGCUGCGACCAUUGAUUGUUCACCUCAAGAAAGUCAGGACUGCGGAGGCUGUGGAUGUGUACAGCUUUGGCCACAUGAUUUAUGAAAUGACAUUCGGCAGGCCUUGCAGCAGUCCCACUUGUGACAGCUUUCCAGCACCAUGCCCUCCUGAAUUGAGGUCUGUGCUGGAGGCACUUCUUUCGACAGAAGCAUGUAAGAAUGGACUGCCUUCAGUGGAAAAUCUACUUAUGCACCCCUUUUUUCAGAAUGUGGCACCGGCUAAUGGAAGCACAGCCAAGCUUGCACUUAGAGUUCCCAGUUCCUUAAAAGAUGCACUCAAGAUGGCACGCUCACUCACAGAGAAGAGGUUACAGGAAGACCAAAAACAGCUGCGACAGCACACCAAGCUGAGCAAAGCCCAGGCACGCUUGUCACAAGACGAAAAUCGCAAGAAGAGGUUACUUGAGCUAAGGAAAGCGGAGAGCGGCCGGACCCAGGCACGCUCCACAAGCACAAGGGCCGAGGCAACUUCUGUGACAAAGAGUCAGACACCUCCGCCGCCCCCGCCUCCACCACCACCGCCGAUUUCGCCACCUCCUCCACCGCCACCACCAGGACCACCGACUCCGGGUUCGGGAUCGUCGGGAUCAUCGAACGACCGCUCUGCACUGCUCAGUUCUAUUACAUCCUUCAACAAGGGUGCUUUGCGCAGAACUACCACCAAGGACUGCAGCAGGCCGAAGCUCUGACUCGUGUUGCUGCUCUGUUAGAACAUGCUCACAUAUGCUGUGCUGCAUCCGCCACUAAUGUUGCAAUCAAUGAGUCUGAAAAGAACCUGGAAUCAAAAGUAGCAGAGUAAAGCAUGCAAAUUGGGCAGUGCAUCAAAUUUAAUAUAAUUUAAUGGAAACGUGUCACGGCAUAUUAAAUAUGCUGGGCAUUAGAAAGUUUAGCUUUGAAUGGGGAUAGUGGCUGGGAAGGAUGCAUGUGGUAGAGAAUGAAGACUAUAUUGCAGAAUGAUGAUGUUAUAAGAGGUGCCAAGAAAACAAGCAUGCCAUCGGGAAUCAAGGUGCUCCUACGUGAUUGUGUUACCGCUUAGUCUGGUGGCAGAAAUCCAGACAAGACAUGAUUUCUAUAGUAUGUGAAACAACGCAAGAUUACAGGGCAAAGCCCUACUCUGUACUGACACCAUUUAUUGCAUUGAACGACAUGUGUAGUGUCCAUUUCAUUCAGUGAUUGCGUUCAGAGUGCAUUAGUGUUCCUUCCUAAUCCUUGUUUGGCAUUUUCUUUUCUAAAUAUGCUAUCAUGAGUGCGCUGGGAUGUUUUAAGUUGUGCAGAUUGCUGUACACUAUGCUUGUCAGUCUGGUUCUCGUUCGUAUAAAGAUUGUAGCAUUGCUUUGUCCUGUCAUCUUUGUUUGGUGUCGUUUCGCACUAAAAAAUAGUCGUGGAUUCACACCAACUAGACCAGAAUGUAAGAGGAAGACGGGACUACAGAGCAAGGUGGAAGCUGCGAGAAUGUCACCAUAGCCAACAUUGCCUCUAUUGACAUUCAACGUGGAUUCACCCAAACUAUAUCACAUGUGAAUAUGAAGUGGCUGCUGUUCUUUCAACUAUAUUAAUCGUGGAUCAUCGAAGUGGCCGUGUCACAUGCAGUGCCUGUUUCUCUUCUGCUAUGCCCAACAGUCAUUGAGUGCCUUUUCCGUUUUUUGUUGUGUCCCAGUGUUGUGCCUGACGGGUCUUACAAUCGGGGGAAGAGUAAGUGAAUACAACUGGCAUGUUAAUUUGAUUAGUGCAAAUCGUGUCCAAGUUCAGCUGUAUGCUGCAAGGAAACCCUAGCACCUGUUUAUUAUGCACAGCUUAGUGUGCCUCCAAAGAUCACAAGGUGCAGUGCACCUCCUAGCUUAUUAUGCAGCAUAUGUCAUUUUGAUUGCAAAGUCUGUGUGUGAUUGCAUCUGUGAUGAUGAAGUGCAAAGCUAAGUUUUACUGCAUGUGCAGUAGAGCUGCUAUGCAAAGGUGCUGCUGAGAGCAAAUAUCGUAAUAUUAGUUCGAAACGGCACCAACAUGCUGCUUACUCAUUGUGCACAAAGAUAUUGUGUCAUGUCUGUAAACUAAUAAAACCCUUGCACAUUCAA